UAGAUUUUUUUUUUUUCACAAUCAAGUCACAAUUCAAAAUUUAUUGUUAGACGUAUUAUUCAACCACCUGUACAAACUCAUAGUGUUUUAAUACUUCAAUAUCCUACUCAUUUCAAUAUCUCAUUCAUCUUAAUUCGUUUUUUAAAUUUAUUUUGAGUUUGCUAUAAGAAUCCAGCUUAAUUUCAAAUUUAAUUACUCAUUCUUUUAAUUUAGAUUUGAUUUAAAGAUUGAAUUAGUUUCCUCUAAAUUUAUCAUAUAAAUACCAAAUUAUCCCAAAUUAUUCCAAAUUGUACUAGAUUAUACCAAAUUAUAUCAUACACCAGUAAUAAAAUGAUGAGCUUUUUUUCAUCAUCAUCUUCUUCCUCAAAAAAAACCAAAUUUAAUUCUCAAAGCAAUAAUAAUAACAAUAACAAUAACAAUAACUAUAGAACUAAUGAAGAAUAUAAUAUAUUAGUGGAAAAGAUAAAUGAGCUAUCUUUAAAAUUAAUGACAGUUGUUGAUGAACAAUCUGAAAUACUGGGUGCAUUAAUCAAUGAACAAAAUUUAUCAAAUGAUUUAAAUGAAAAAAUUAUAGAUUUAGAAUCAAUUAAUUUGAAUUUGAAAAGUAAAAUUUUUUCACUAAAUAAUGAAAUUGAUGAGAAGAAUAAAUUACUAAAUAUCUAUAAAGAACAAUUACAAGAUUUGAAAAAAAUCUUGCAUAAUCUCAAGCAACCAAAUCAAGGUAAUGAUCCAAUAAAUAAUAACUCUAAUCUUAAUUAUAAUCAUAACCAUAACCAUAAUUAUAAUUAUAAUCACAAUCACAAUCACAGCUAUAAAAAUAGUUAUAAUGAUAACAAAAGUAUUAAAGAUUCUUAUGAUAACCCAUUUUUGGCAAAUUUAUUAUUUUCACCUUCGAUUAAUGCACUAAGAUAUGAUUUAAAAUUAUUCAAUUAUUUUAAAUUAUUAUUAAAAGAAUUUAAUGAUAGCAAUCAAGGAAAUAUUAAAAACAGUCUCGAUAUCAGUAUAACUAAUAAUAUAAUAUUAUACUCAAAAUUUUAUAAAAGACUACUAGCUGAUGACAUUGAUCCAACGUUAAGAUUAGAUAUUGCACCAGGAGUAUCAUGGAUUCAAAAGAAAUCUUUAUUUAAUUCGAUAUUUCAAGGUAUAAUUAAAUUUGAACCAAUGAUCUCUAUAACGAUUGAUAACCAUAAUGAUAACAAUCUAAAUAAUAUUCAAAAGGAUUCGGAUCCUCCAUUAACUCCUAGAAAUUUUGGUAAAGAUUGUUCACUUUGUGGUGAAUCAAGAAAUCAUAAAAACAUAAAUUAUCAAAGAACUAUUAACUUAACAUAUAAUAUAUCCAAUAGUGUUUAUAAAUAUGCUAUUUGUAAUCUUUGUAAAUAUAAAGUUGAGACUAUAAUUGAGUUGUUUGAAUUUUUAAGGUCUUUAAAUCAAAAUUUAUCAACUAAUAAAUGGGGAAAGGAUUUAUUAAAUGUUAGUAUUGAUAACAUUAAUAACAAUGAGUAUGAUGAUGAUAAAUUCGAAUAUUAUAAUGAUAGAUUUGAUUGUAAUGAUAAAUCUACUAAAAUAAGUCAAAAGAAAGCAUGGAUUAAAUGUUGUAGAAUCCGAUUGAAAUUAUUUUGGGCAAGAACUGGAUUUAAAUUUAAUGAUGAGGUUCAUAUAAUUGAUAAUAAAGAGUUUUCAGAUUCUCAAAUUGAGGGGAAAUAUAAUUAUUCUAGACAUUUUACUCAACAAAGUAAUAUGAGCAAUAGUAUUAAUAGUAGCAAGUCAUUAAGUUUGGUUAAGACAAGAUCUAGAUCGCAGUCUAAUCAAUAUCAUCAUCACCAUAAUAAUAUGAAUAACAAUAGUCUUAAUAACAAUAUUGGCAAUAUUGGCAAUAAAAUCAAUAUUAACAAUAAUCCUAAUGGAAUGCUAAAGAGUAGAUUGGUUUAUUUUAAUAAACAAUCAUCAUUAAUAGAAAACAAAAAUGAAAGCAAUGAGUUUAACAUUAUUGGGAAUAAUAAGAAUAGUAUUAUCAAGAGUAAUAAUAUGAAGAAUAAUUUUAAUAAUGUUCGAGUGAAUAGAAGUACAAGUUUAACGAGUACAAGUUAUGCACCAGUUAGUGUUAGUGAUACUAGAGCUGAACUUAAUAAGAUCAAUGAGAAUAAUGUCAUUAGUAAUGACUGUAAUAGUAAUAGUACAAGUAAAAGCGAAUCAGUGGAGAGUGAUUCAAGAAGUACUACUAAUAAAUCAUCACCUUUAUCGAAUGAUACAACAGCCAGUAGUCUUUCAGAUGGUGAGACUAUUAAUAACCAAACUGCUUUUAAUAAAGUUAAAACUGUUGAGAAUAAUGAUAAUGAUAAUGAUAAUGAUAAUGAUAAUGAUAAUGAUAAUGAUAAUGAUAAUGAUGAUAAUAAUAAUAAUAAUAAUAUUCAUAUUGAAAAUAAAACUCAAAACCCAAAUCAAAAUAAUGGAAAUAAUGAUAAUAAAAAAGAAAUGAAAAAUGAAAAAUUAAACGAAAAAUUAAAUGAAAAUCUCAAUGGAAUUGAGAACAUUGAAAAAGAGAUUAACGAUUUUAGAUUUGAUAUGGAUAUCAAUAAUACUGAUAGUGAUUUGGAUAUGUCAGAUAUUUAUGAUGAUUAUUCGAACUCGUCAAUUAAUAAAAUGAACAAAGAGGGUAUAAAGAUGGGCAACGAAGAUGAAAGUGAAAGUGAAAGUGAGACAUACAACAGGCAAGCAACUGCUUCAACUUCAGCAACAUUAACACCUUUGAUGGUUUCAGGGCAGUCGUUGAACAAAAACAAAAGCUUUGGGCUCAGAAUCGAAACGUCAAACUUGAACAACAACUUGAACAGGAACGUGGUGAUCACCAACAACUUGCGGGAAACAUCAGGCAGUGGCCCAGAGGACACAUCUGGCUCUGUCCACUCUGCGAACUCCACCAUCACGAAAGUGUCGCCCAUUGUGUUGAAGAAAAGCAGCUUAUCCAGCAGAUUCGCCAUGUUUGAGAAGGGUUCAGAUACCACGCUGCUGGGUGCUGCAAAUAUCCGCGUGGCAUCUGCAUCUUCCGGCAAAAACUUGCAGAGCCGGAUCCAAAUGUUCGAGAACACGCUCUGAGCGCGGUGGCUGUAGCAAUUAAGGGGUCCGAGUCCCGCGUGCGCCGAGCCCCUGCGCUCUCUGCUGAAACGACCCAGUGCUGCGGAACAGCGCUGCGGACAAAAAGCGGUUUUGACGGCGCGCCGAAACGGGCGCACCGAAGCGCGCUUCGUCUGGAUGCCUGUGCGGUUUCAACUCUGUUUGGCUUUGACUUGAUCUUGAUCUUGAUCUGUGAUC